GACACCAACUACACGUUCAAAAAUAAAUCGUGAUGUAUACAUGGAUUGUGCGUUGUGAUGCACUGUGAAACGAUAAAUAAAGGGCAUUAAAUGUACAUGAGCAAAGGAAUCGGCAAAAUAGUCACAAGCAGUGGUUAUUGUGUUUAACGUGUUGCAGUUAAAAUCCGCCGUUACAUCUGUACAAAACCAAAGGUUGUAUUUUGAUUGCAAGUGAACAUUAUGAUGGCAGAACAAAUGGAUGCGGGUCAGGUUGAGGAAAAUGUGAGCGGAGAUAAACUAACAAGAAUAUCGAGGUCUCGGGCUGGCCAUGCUUCCAAUGUAAAGAGAAAAUUCACAGACUUUCAACAUGCUGUUGAUGGGAACCUUGACGUGGAGAUUGUGAAAGGUAAAUUGACAUCCUUGGAAACGGCAGUCGCAAAUUACCAUGACGUACAUGCAGACUGUGUACAGUUAGCCUUACAACUUGACAAACAGAGGUUGCCAAAGUUAAGAGAGGAUGCUGAUGAAAUUGAAGAAAUACUAAAUCGAGCACGUAGUCAAUGUUGCUUCUUGGUCUCUGUUCAGCUCGACGACAUUGCUCCAACUGACAGCAUCUCACAGAACGGCAGCACUGGAUCAGAAUCGACAACCUCAAGUGCAAGAGCAAUGGCUGCAGCCAAAAGGGCAUCUCUGGUUGUCAAAGCAAAAUUUCUAAUGCAGCAGCAGGAGCUAGAGUUGGAACAGUUGAGAUAUAAAUCCCAAAUUGGGGAAGAGAUGCUUAGACAAAAGGCUGAAAUGGAAAACCUAAAAAUAAAGGCUGAACUUGAGGCAGUUACUGCAGAAGAACAGACGCUGGCCAAAUUCAUGAACGUGCCAGAGCAAAGCGCUCAGACAAAUCCUUUCUUAAGCACGAACGAAGAAUUUGAGUAUGACACCUCCGCAAAGGAGAAAGAACUGUUGGAUUUGGUGAACCAAAAAACCUUGUUUGUAACCUCUACAUCCGUACACAAAUCUCAAGGUGGAGACAACGAUAAAGUUAUGGAUUCAAAGUUUGAUCCUACCAUUGAGGAAUGGUCACCGCCUCUAAAGGUAAACGAGAAUGCCUCCCUUGCACUGCAGCGUCAGAUGCUAGAUGUUAUGAACUUACCAAAGAGCAGCAUAAUAACUUUCGACGGUGACCCCAUGGACUAUUGGGUGUUCAUUCGGUCAUUUGAUUGUUGUGUGGGUAAUUCAUCAGUCAGUGAUGGCGCUAAACUAAACAGACUAUUUGAAUACUGCAAAGAUAAGGCAGCCCGUGUAAUCAGACCAUGUGCUUUGAUGCUGCCAUCAGAGGGUUACAAGAAGGCACGUAAUCUUCUAAAGGAGAGAUUUGGCAAUGAUUUCACCAUCUCACAAGCGUGGGUAAAGAAGGUGACCGAUGGGCCAUCUUUAAAGGCUAAUGAUGGAGACGCCUUGCAAGACUUUGCCGAUGAUGUCAGGGGCUGUAUGGAAACGCUAACUGCAAUGGGCAAAUGCAAUGAGUUGGACUCUCGUGUGAGAAUGGUGAAAAUAGUUGAGAGACUCCCAUUCCACCUACAGUCUAGAUGGCGUACAAAGGCAGUUAAGGAUGUGGAACGUACAGGUGACUAUCCAAAUGUUGAAGGAUUAGUCAAAUUUCUGAGUAUGGCUGCUAAAGAGGCAAACGACCCUAUUUUCGGAUCCCUUGCCACCAAAUAUAAGGACCAGAAAUCGAUUGACAAGUCAUGCAUGUCAAAACGAGGCUCAUCAUUCAAUGUACUGGCUGAGGAUAACCCAACGAACAAACUGGACUGGGGUGAAAGGGGAGAGAUCCCUGACAAAAGGAGUGGAUGGGCAAUGAGACAGUGUUGCUUGUGUGAAGGAGUCCAUCGCCUCUCUGAUUGCAAGGAAUUUCAGAAAAUGUCCUCACAGAAAAGAAUGGAGUUGAUAAAGAGAAAGCGACUGUGUUUCAACUGCAUGGAUGCUAGCAACCACGCUGCAAGAUGGUGCAGGAGAAAGAGUGAUUGUAACAUAGAGGGGUGCACUCUGAGACACUCUGUGUGGCUACAUGAGGCAAUGCAGUUUGCCAUGGAGAGACCAAACCCGCAAAACAAUUUACCGACCGGGGAUAUGAAAAAUAGAGAUGUGCACAAAGUCGAAGCGAAAAGCUGUGCAGUUGGCCCCCCGGGAAAGGGAGCAAAAGUCGUCCUCACCAUUGUCACGGUAAAUGUCAGAGGUAAAGGCCAAACUGACUUUAUCCAAACACAUGCUCUCCUAGACCCUGGCAGUAAUCGAACAUUCUGCUCACGUUCUCUACUGGAGCAAAUGGGUCUGGAAGGAAAGGAAACAGUUUUAUCACUAGAGACCCUGAAUGAGGGCAAGGAUUCACAAGCAUUGGAAGUUACAUUGGAAGUGACUGGCACAACCGGGAAGAAAAGAAACCGAAAUGUCAUUCAGUUGCCGAGAGUUUAUGCUCUACAGUCGUUCCCAGCUCUAAGCAGUUGUUUGGCAACUUCAGCCGACUUGAGAAGAUGGGACAACUUCAAAGAUUUAGACUUGCCCCAAGUGCAUGAAUCCAAAGUGACAAUCAUAAUCGGGCAGGAUAUUCCUCAGGCCCUUAUGCCCUUAGAAGUGAGACAAGGUGCACCAGGAGAACCAUAUGCGAUGAGAACGGCUCUUGGUUGGACACUCAAUGGGCCAAUCAUGGAUAACCAACCCUCCAUGAGCAGUGUCUGCAAUUUUGUGCAUGCAGCAAGCGAUGAUGAAGUUGCACUUGAGGCACAGAUUGAGCGCUUCUGGAAGUUAGACACAGCCCAUGCACUGGCAGGAAGCCACCCUCGAAUGUCCAUAAACGACAAAAGGGUAAUCGACAUUUGGGACAAAACACUGACAGUUGUGGAUGGGCAUUAUCAAAUGGAUAUCCCCUUCAAGCUGUAUCCACCACAGUUGCCAGACAACAGGUCCCUUGCUGAUAAGAGACUACAAAGCCUUGGAAGACGUCUGACUAAAGACCCUGAGCUUCACAGCAGAUAUAAGGCCGGUAUUAACGAUUUGCUCGAAAGAGGGUACGCAGAACGUGUACCUUGUACUGAUAAAGAUGUCUCUGCCAGAUGUACAUGGUACCUUCCCCACCAUAAUGUGACAAACCCCAACAAACCAGAUAAGUUACGCAUUGUUUUCGACUGUGCAGCCGAAUAUGCUGGAACUUCCCUGAACAAGGCAGUAUUUCAGGGCCCUGAUAUGACUAAUAAGCUGAUAGGAGUUCUUGUCAGAUUCCGAGAGCGCCAAGUUGCAGUCAUGGGUGACAUAGAGGCUAUGUUUCACCAAGUGAAAGUUUCUCCUUGCCAUAGAAAUGCCCUUCGAUUUUUGUGGUGGAAGGACGGAAACACAGACAAGCAACCAGAAGUCUACAGGAUGGCAGUGCACCUCUUUGGGGGUGUAUGGAGUCCGAGUUGUGCCAAUUUUGCCCUGCGUAGAACUGCUGAAGAUAAUGCAGAUGUGUUUGACGGCAAAACAGUCACUACUGUAAUGGAAAACUUCUAUGCAGAUGACUGCUUGAAAGCAGUGGACAAUGAAGAAGAAGCAGUGACAUUGGUGAAGUCACUUACAAAGCUACUGUCUUUGGGUGGUUUUCGCCUAACCAAAUGGAUCUCAAAUAGCCGAAAAGUAGUUGAGUCAAUCCCACUUGACGAAAGAGCCAAGGGAGUUAAGGAUUUGGAUUUGGAUCGAUCACCUCUCCCAAUUGAAAGAGCACUUGGUGUGCACUGGAACACUGAUACAGAUAUUCUCGGUAUCAAAAUAAAGCCAAAGGAGAAGAGCUACACGAGAAGAGGUCUGUUGAGCAUUGUGAGUUCGGUGUACGAUCCGCUUGGCUUAGUCUGCCCCUUCGUGCUUCAAGCUAAAUGUAUCUUUCAAGAUGAGUGCAAGGCAGACAAAGGGUGGGAUGAUGAGCUAGAACCAGGAAACCAUAGGCGAUGGAUUAAAUGGCUGACAGAGCUUCGGAUGAUGGAAAAAUUUGAAACUCAGAGAUGCAUAGAGCCCCGAGACUUUGGAGUGCCUGCAAGGGUACAGUUACACCACUUUUGCGAUGCUUCGUCGACCGCCUAUGUAGCAGUUUCUUAUGUGAGACUGGUCAAUCAGAAAGGAAUUCCACACUGCACAUUUCAGUUGGGGAAGUCAAGAUUAGCACCCAUCAAGCCUAUGACCAUACCGAGGCUAGAGUUAUUGGCAGCAGUGGUGGCAGUCCGUUUGGAUAGUAUGCUUCAUCGUGAAAUGAGGCUAGAAAUACAUGAGACCAUAUUUUGGACUGACAGCAUGAUCGUCUUGCAGUACAUCAAGAACACAUCUAAGCGAUUCCACACGUUUGUCUCCAACAGAGUGGCUAUAAUUCAUGAUGGAUCGCUUCCGAGUCAAUGGAGGCAUGUAGACACUGCCUCAAACCCAGCCGACGAUGCUUCUCGAGGGUUGGAUGCUAAGCAGAUGCUGUCCUGCACCAGAUGGAAACAGGGGCCGGAUUUCCUGUGGAGGGAUGAAUCAACUUGGCCGACAAAACAGAAUGUGAGUUCUGAUCUGCUUAAUGAUGACAAGGAAGUUAAGCAAGUAGCCAAAACAUGCGUUGUGAAGGCAGAGGCCCAAGGGGCCACAGUUGAGAAGCUGCUGGAGAAAUACUCUUGCUGGAUUCGCUUAAAGAAAGCCGUAGCAUGGAUACUGCGGUUCAAAACAUGGCUGUUUGACCAUAGACGGAUGAAAACACAAGCAUGUCUGACAGUUCAUGAAUUACGAAGGGCAGAACAAGCUAUCAUAGGCUAUCUUCAGAGACUGCAUUAUGGUAAUGAGUUACAUGCUUUGGAAGAUGGUGGAAGGAUCUGCAGUAAAAGCAGCAUCUACAAGUUGGACCCAAUCGUGGAAGAUGGGAUGCUCAAAAUUGGAGGAAGAUUACAGAUGGCUCCACUUAACGACCAAGCAAAGCAUCCUUUGAUAGUCCCCCACGGGCAUGUAGGAAGGCUCAUUAUCAGCUACUUCCAUGAAAGGAAGGCAGCGCACUCUGGAAAGGAGUAUGUGUUGUCCCUUGUGAGAGAAAGGUAUUGGAUACCGAAAGCACGUACAAUGAUAGGUCAAGUUUUGCGCAAGUGCAUGGACUGCAAAAGGCUCAGAGGAAAGGCAUGUGCACAGAGAAUGGCAAAUCUCCCUACGGACCGAGUUACACCAGGUAAUCCACCCUUCACUGACACUGGGGUGGACUGCUUUGGUCCCUUCCUAGUAAAGAGGGGGCGGAGCCAGGAAAAGAGAUAUGGCUGUCUGUUCACUUGUAUGGCAUGCAGAGCCAUACACAUCGAGAGGAUUCAUUCACUGGAUGCAAAUUCCUUCAUAAAUGCUCUGGUGAGGUUUUCAGCAAGAAGAGGAAUGCCAAGAAGAAUGCGGUCUGACAAUGGAACAAAUUUUGUCGGAGGUGAAAGAGAACUGAGAGAAUCCAUUCAGAAGUGGAAUGAAACGAAUAGGAUGAAGGAAUAUCUCUUGCUGAAUGAGAUAGAAUGGGAAUUCAACACUCCAACGGCAUCACACAUGGGAGGCGUCUGGGAGCGCCAGAUACGAACAGUGCGUAAAGUUCUUAAUGCCACUCUAAAAGACCAGGUACUUGAUGAUGAACGACUCGACACCCUGUUUUGUGAGGUUGAGUCGAUUGUAAAUGGUCGGCCAAUUACACCAGUUUCAGACAAUCCCAAGGAUCUAGAGGCCCUAACACCCAACCACCUGCUUCUGCUUCGGGCAGGUCAGCCAGCACCCCCAGGGAAUUUCAUCAAGCAGGACUCAUAUGGAAGACGUUGGCGACAUGUGCAGCUUCUUUCGGACCAGUUUUGGAAGCGCUGGGUGAGAGAGUACUUACCCACUAUACAGCUAAGGCAGAAGUGGAUUGAACCGCAGAGGAACCUGGCAAUCGGAGACAUGGUGCUUAUUAUGGAUGAAGCAACACCUAGAAAGAACUGGCCUCUGGGACUUGUGACAGAGACGUUUCCAGGCAAAGAUGGUUUGGUCAGGUCAGCUGAGGUCAAGUCCAGUCGCAACACUCUAGUGAGACCUAUUACCAAGCUCUGCCUCCUCGAGUCCCAUGAUUAGGGUUUGCAACAAUCAGGUUUUCUCAGGCUAGAAUAAUGCCUCCUGAUUGGGAGUGUACGACAUGCUCUGCUCCAGCAAAUCCCACAAUAUAGCUUGUCGACUACUCAUGGAUCUCAUGGACACUUAUGUUGAACAGUUUGAACAGUUUGUUUUCUUAAAGUUUAAAUGUUCACCCGGAAAUGUUCCCAUUUAAGGGGCCGGGAUGUUGCCGCUAGUUUAGUUUUUUGGCUCGAACGCAAGAGGGCGGGCAUGCAGCAGAAAAAUGGAGACAGAUAUGCGUCGCUGAAUCAAAGCUGGAUCAGAAAGGUUAGAUUUUGUCGCUAAACAGAGAUUUGCUUGUAGGCAAAUUUGAUUGGAUAUUAAGGAAGGGACAUACGAUAUCUUUGGUGGAAUUAACUGCGUAAGAGCCAUUUUGGUUUUGUACUUUUUUGUCGAACCUAGAAUAGAUUGUUGUUUUGAACCGUUUCAUCUCGUUUGAUAUUAUAACGUAUAGCUCAUGUCAUUUACAACCGUGAAAUGCAACUGGGAGAACCGAACUUUGUGAUUGACACCAACUACACGUUCAAAAAUAAAUCGUGAUGUAUACAUGGAUUGUGCGUUGUGAUGCACUGUGAAACGAUAAAUAAAGGGCAUUAAAUGUACAUGAGCAAAGGAA